CUACAUUGGUGUGGACGAUCAGCUGACGCUGACAGAGCAACAUCAUGGCAUCCCUAAUCGAGAGGCUGGGGUUCCUUCAAAAAGUGCCCACUCUGAUGAAAGCCACCUCAGACGAUGACACUCCAUGUCCCGGGUACCUGUUUGAAGAAAUUUGCAAGGUGUCCCAUGAGUCAGUGGGGGGCUGUCAGUGUCUGCUGCAGUAUCUCCUGGAGAGGCUGCAGAGCGAUUCCGGCCGUGUUAAACUGAAGGUGCUGAAGAUCCUUCUCCACCUCUGCACUCAUGGCUCGCAUCACUUCCUGUCUGAGCUCCGCAGAAAUGCCACCUUCGUCCAGGAAGUGACUGUGUUCAGUGGCCCUCCGGACCCGGUCCAUGGAAUUGCAUUGUACCAGAGAGUGCGGGCUGCAGCCCAGGAGCUGGCCAGUGUGCUGUUCUCUGAUUCGGUGCUGCCCCCUCCUGCUCUGUCUCCCUGCAAAGCCUCUCCGCCCGCAGGAAUGGGCUCAGGGACGAGGCUGAACUCUGGAAUGCAAGGCUUUGGAUACAGUCCCGGCAGAAACGUCUCCACAGAGGGCACUCUUCUGGACAGGAUCCAGAAAGCAGCAGAAGUGGUGGCCAAUGCCAUUCUUCCGCCCUCUGAGCUCCCCAGCUCCUGCCUCCACGACAAUAACUACCAGCCUGUGAUGGCGCCCUCUGCUGCUGUGGAGGCCUCGGUGCAACGGUCAGCCACCCCCCUGCCCUCCCACAGCAUGAAAGCUCAACAGAGAUGUCCUGGCCUGGCAGGGGGAGGCUGGGAGGAGAGCGACAGCGGACACAGCUCCCAGAACUCCUCUCUGGAAAACGGGGAUCUCAGUAGGGAGUCUGUGGGUGGAAGCAGCAAGUCAGGGACUGACAGCCAAUCGGGAGCCAGCAGAGAGAGUGGCGAUCUCUCUGAAAGGGUGGAGGCUAUGCACUUGGGGGACUGUGCCCAGGAAAUGAUGCUGAUCAACUCCCUGUCCCAGGGCUUAAAGGUCUUCCUGUCCAGAGAUGAGACACAGCACUUCAUCAAAGAGUGUGCAAUACUGAACUGUGAGGUGGUGGUGGAGCUGCUGAGCAGGAAGCUUCAGGACCCUGCAGACAUUGUCUCAAUGAGGUGUCUGUGUGCCCUGGCCUGCCUGAUGUCAUCAGACCUGCUCUCCCUUGACCGGAUUUUUGCAGUGACCCAGAAGCCCUUGCUGCAGCUGAGCAAGGGUUCUGCAGGACCUGUGGCUAACAAAGCGACAAAGCUUCUGAGGCAGUUCGAGGCGCUGAUAGCAGGUGGGGGACUGAACAGCAGCACCUCCUCCUCUUCUCUCUCCGCGAUGUGUCCACAGCUCCUAGACGGGUCUCCCGAGUUGAGGGGCAGUGGAGCCCUCUUACUGCCCUCUCACACAUCCUCCGCCUCAAAUUCGGGCAGCCAGAUCUCGCCAACUGAGUCUGCUCCGCACGGUUCCAGCGUGGAAACAGGCACAUGUAGCCACUCCUGCUGCCCAGAGCGAUUCAAAGACACUUGUUUGACAGACAGCAGGGAGUCCCAGGACAGUGAAAACACUAAUUGUUCACACAAACAGCAGAGGGACCCUUCAGAUGCCGAUUCUGAUUCAGUUGAGCCGCCCUCUGAACCUGUCGCUGGUAACCUGUCUCUGUUUAGUGGGAUGGAGCUUGUUACUAGAGCAAAGCCAGUGACAGCCAGUUCUAAUGGAGGGACGACCACACAGCCUUUCAACUGCAGCACAAUAGAAGACAACAAAACUGCAGGUGCUGCAGAUUCGACAGACUGUACCACAGACAGCGCCUCUGGGUCUCCCCAGCCUGACACUGAACAAAAGCACCGGUCUGCCUUCUCCUUCCUUAACAUGUAAAAGGACAAGUCUGAUGUCUGCCAACAAAGUUAAAUAACCAAAAAAAAAAAAAAAA